AUGCCUGGUUUUAAGAUUACAGAUGAAGAUCGCCGGAGGAUCGAUGCAAAGUUCAUCUGCACUUUGUGCAAGCUACUGUUGUACAUUCCCUAUCAGACCGUGUGUGGUCACUUGAUGUGUCAAUCCUGCGUCGAAAACUUACUCAAGUAUGAUCAUUUUUAGUGUAUUCUUUCAAUAAAUAUUAGCUAGUUCAUGGAUAUUUCAUUUUUGCUACCAUAAAAGCUAGGCGAAACAUGAGAACCUUCCCACUUCCAUUUUGUGUGUAUAUACGGUCUCAAUUUGCUAUAAUAGUAACAAAAGAUGCAUUUUUCGAUAAACCAAGUUGCAAUGUUUAACUAACUAUAAUCAGCACAUUUCUCUGCAAUUAGGUAAUUCAUGACAACAGACUACAAAAGCGGAAAUGGGAAGUUUGUAAUACACUGUACAUCAGUAAGUGGUAAAAUCAUUCAUUUUUUUGUCAGGAGUCCGAACCCAAGAUGUCCCGAAGAUGGCGAAGAGUUGAGUGAAGAAAAAGUGAGUGCUUUUCAUAUAAACCUUUAUGGAAAACUUUGUGACAGCCGCUUAAGACACUAUGUAUGAGUAGUCUUAAAUUUGAAUAUCAGACAAAUGUUAUUUCCACCAGUACGACGUGAUGGGAUGGAUGGCACAAUUAAGUGCCAACAGGUUUGUUGUGCAGCUUGUAGAUGGUCAGCAAAUCUGUCACUAUUUUUCAGAAAGGAAAUGGGCUUUCCAUUUGGGUUUGAACUUGCAUGAAAUAAAAAGGCGAAAUAUUUUAACUCGUUUAGGUAAACUGCGACAAUCUUAAAAAAACGGCAGCUUAAUGCUGUUCGCUUACAUUGUGCAAAUACUGGUUGUUCCUGGCAUGGUUUUUACGAGCAGUUGGAGGUGAGCUGGUAUAAGGAGGGAGAGCUAGCUAGUAGUGAAGGAAUGAAGCGAGUGAAUGAAUUAGAGAGGGAGGAAGGGAAGAAGAGAGCUAAUUAAAGAAGUAAGGGAUUAGGGAGGUCAGGUAGGAAGAGAGAAGGAGGACCAGGAAUGUCAGGGAAGGGAGUGGCCCUGAAUGGAGAGAACACACAGAAUUGGCUAACAAGCGCAGGGGUGGAAAAAAUAUUUUACUUUCUGGGACCGAAAGAGAACAUUGAAAAUGUUUUUGCAAAUAAUCAGGUAAAUCGACACUUGGACACAGAAAGUGUGUGACACCUACAAGUUGUCAAAUUGGAUGUCAUGGUAUAUUUUAACAGAAACAAUUUAUUUCAGUGCAUUGAGUAUCUUAGUAAGACUUUUAGGAAUAAAACUAAUUAAAUUUAGAUAACGUGCAUGAAGGGUUGGAUUCUAAGGUGCAUUUGCCAUUCAAAAUUUGUUAUCAUUUUAUUGUCUAUACUUUUACACACUAUCGCACUAUUAAAGAUGGAUGCACUUACAGUUAUAAUUGCAUUUCUGAGGUCAUACCAACAGUAUGGGUAACAUUCUUUCUACUGGUUAGAAUUUUUCCUUUGAAGUUCUCCUUUUAUCUAGCUGCACGCAGGCUACCUUUUAUCUAAAUGAUUACAAUUACCAAUUUUUUCUUUCUUGGGGAAAUAUUUUCUGAGAACUCAAAAAUUUUCUGGGACUGAUGGUUCCGAUACUUUUUCCACCCCUGAAAAUGAACGUUUAUACCCAUUCUACAAAUUUGGAUAACUUUGAUACCAUAGCAUUAAUUAAGGUGUUUCCAUACCUCCUUAUUUUCAAUGUAUAAUAAUAUAACUUUCUUGUCACAUUGCAUAUUGAGUUAUAAUUUGAAGUACAUGUAUCUAAAAAUCGCAUUAUUACUGAUCAUUCAGAGACUCCAGUCAUAAUAUGCCUUUGAUGUGUUCUCAUUUCCCCCAGGAAGUAGCGACUAGUUUCUCUGAAUAUAAUGGUUUUUAAAAGUAACUGAGGCUGUUUCUUUUCUGAAUUGUAUGGUAGCUAAAUGCGAAUGAAAAGCGAUAAAAAUAUUUCCUGUAAUUGUAGGGUCAUUCUCAAGUUUGUGAAUAUGCUUUGAUCAAAUGCGAUCAUUCGCAAUGCGAGAUGAAAAUUCAACGCUCGCAUUUGCCCGAACAUUCAAGGGAAUGUGAAUAUCGGAAAGUCAUGUGUGACCGUUGUGGGCAAGAUGUCGUCUUUGCUUUGAUGAAG